UUUCUCUGUUGGUCUUGAACUUCAAAAGCAUGAAACUGAGGAUAUUUUCAAGCCAGAUGCCUGUGAAGAAUCUCCAUUCAGUUUACAGCCCUGGUCCACUAAUACGGGACGACUGGCUACGCAGGACAAUUCUGAAGAGCUGAAAACAGAGUUAUCGGAGUCUGCAGAGAAAAUCACCGAGGGAAAUGAGAGAGAAGGAGAAGAGUCACCUGGGAGUGUUGGAAUAAAUUUACAGAAGAAUGGCAGCUUCUCUCCACCUUCAUUUGGUCAGUCCUCUCUUCAGUACAAAGAGAAAGGUACGAAGAAAUCAGCAAGAGAAUCAGAGAACCAGACAGCAGCCUUUUUGCAGUGCAGUUCUCUCCCUGCUGCUGGAGCAACACAGACAGAAGCCAUCAAAAAUAAUCGACGGCAAGUGGAGAAAGAAAUCAAAAUUCACACGGGACAAAAAUGUUGUCUGGAAUGCGGCAAACAAUUCACACACAAAAAUGAUCUUAAUAAGCACAUGAAGAUUCACACUGGAGAAAAAACAUAUUAUUGUAAUGAAUAUGGCAUGCAUUUCCCAGAGAUCAAGAAUCUUAACAAACACACAGAAAUUCACUCUGGAGAGGAGAAACCUCAUUGCUGUAAUGAAUGUGGGAAACGAUUCUCAAUGACAAGGUAUCUUCAGAGACACAGAAGAAUCCACACAGGAGAAAAACCACAUUGUUGUUCAGAAUGUGGUAAGUUGUUCUCAAGGAGAAGCUAUCUUCAAAAGCACAGAAUAGUCCACACAGGAGAAAAAACUCAUUGCUGUACAGAAUGUGGUAAUUCAUUCUCAUGUAUAAGCUAUCUUCAGAGACACAGACAAAUCCACACAGGAGAAAAACCUCAUUGCUGUCCAGAAUGUGGUAAGUCGUUCUCAAGGAGAAGUGAAAUUCAUUGGCACAAAAAAAUUCACACAGGAGAAAAAACUCAUUGCUGUCCAGAAUGUGGUAAGUUGUUCUCAAGGAGAAGCGAUCUUCAGGGGCACAGAAAAAUCCACACAGGAGAAAAACCUCAUUGUUGUCCAGAAUGUGGCAAGUCGUUCUCAAUGAGAAACAGUCUUCAGAACCACAUAAGAAGCCACACUGGAGAAAAACCUCAUUGCUGUUCAGAAUGUGGUAAGUCGUUCUCACGGAGAAGCCAUCUUCAGAGGCACAGAAGAAUCCACACAGGAGAAAAACCUCAUUGCUAUUCAGAAUGCGCCGAACACUUUUCUGACAAAUGCAGUUUUCAAAGUCACACAAAAAUUGAUAUUGAAGAAAAAGCCAUAUGCUAUUCCUAAUGUGGAAAAAGGUUUUAAACAUUAGCUCUUUUCAAGUAAACACACACUCUCACUAAACAGAAAAUACAGUAUUGAUGUUCUGAAUGUGGCAAAUGUUAUAUAAGCCAGAGAAAAAUCCAUACUGAAGAAAAAUUGCAUUACUGUUCUGAAUUUGAGAAAUUUAAGCAUGCUUCAGUGCCACAUCAGCACUCAUACUGGAGAUAAACCUUAUUGUUGUCCUGAAAGUGAUAUACAGUUCUCACAACAAAGCACCCUAAAAAGUCACAUCAGACUUCACACCGGAGAGACACCUCACCAUUGCUUGGAAUGUGACAAACAAUUCUCACACCUUUAAUUCUCUUUAUAAUCAUAGAAGUCAUACUGGCAAGAAAUGGUUACAUUUGUACUGAAUGUGGAAUGCAAUUCUCAUAUAACAGUUGUCUUCACAAAUAUAAAAUAAUUCAUUCAGAUAAGAAACAAAGCUUUUCUAAGACAGCAGGACUCCUAAAGAUCACAUGAGAAUUCACUCUGGACAGAAGCCCUAUUGCUAUUCUGAAUGUGGCAAACGAUUCUUAUGUCCAUGCACAAUUAGGUGCCACAGAAGGAUCCAUAUUGGAGUAAAGCCUUUCCCAGAAAUGAGAAAUGAUCUUCCUAUUGGCUCCUCAACCAAAAAAAAAAAAAAA